UGGCGGGGGACCGGCGUCCACGGCGCUGCCACCCGCGCGCGCCUCCGGGUGACGUCCCCGCCGCCGGGGGGGGCGCGGGCGGGCGGAAGUGACGCAGGGCCCAGCGCCCGGGCCAUGGCGGCGGCGGCGGCGGCGGUGCGAGCUGCUGUCUGAGCGGCGGCUGGGGACCGGACGGCCUCGGCCGGAGAGCCCGGUCCCGGGAGCGGCGCUGCGGCGGCUGGGGCGCCGACGGCGGGACCCGGCCCACCUCUCCGGCGCGGCGGCGGGGCAGCCGUGGUGCGGUCACCAUGACGACGCCGGCGAACGCCCAGAACGCCAGCAAAACGUGGGAACUGAGCCUGUAUGAGCUGCACCGGACCCCGCAGGAAGCCAUCAUGGAUGGUACCGAGAUUGCGGUUUCCCCCCGGUCGCUGCACUCAGAGCUCAUGUGCCCCAUCUGCCUGGACAUGCUGAAGAACACGAUGACAACCAAGGAGUGCCUCCACCGGUUCUGCUCUGACUGCAUUGUCACGGCCCUGCGCAGCGGGAAUAAGGAGUGCCCUACCUGCCGAAAGAAGCUGGUAUCCAAGCGGUCUCUGCGGCCAGACCCCAACUUCGAUGCUCUGAUCUCUAAGAUCUACCCCAGCCGGGAGGAGUACGAGGCCCACCAAGACCGGGUGCUCAUCCGCCUCAGCCGCCUGCACAACCAGCAGGCGCUGAGCUCUAGCAUCGAGGAGGGGCUGCGCAUGCAGGCCAUGCACAGGGCCCAGCGUGUGAGGCGGCCGAUGCCCGGGUCAGAUCAGACCACGACAAUGAGUGGGGGCGAAGGAGAGCCCGGGGAGGGAGAGGGGGAUGGAGAGGACGUGAGCUCAGACUCGGCCCCAGACUCUGCCCCAGGCCCUGCUCCCAAGCGACCCCGAGGAGGGGGCGCAGGGGGCAGCAGUGUAGGGACAGGGGGGGGUGGCACUGGUGGGGUGGGUGGGGGCGCCGGCUCUGAAGACUCGGGUGACCGGGGAGGAACCCUGGGAGGGGGGACCCUGGGCCCCCCAAGCCCUCCCGGGGCUCCCAGCCCCCCAGAGCCAGGUGGAGAAAUCGAGCUCGUGUUCCGGCCGCACCCCCUGCUCGUGGAGAAGGGAGAAUACUGCCAGACUAGGUAUGUGAAGACCACUGGGAAUGCCACAGUGGACCAUCUCUCCAAGUACUUGGCCCUGCGCAUUGCUCUCGAGCGGAGGCAGCAGCAGGAGGCGGGGGAGCCGGGAGGGCCUGGAGGGGGCACCUCUGAUGCCACCGCGGGACCUGAUGGGGGUGGAGGGGAGGGUGGGGGUGCCGGAGGAGCCGACGGCCCUGAGGAGCCUGCCUUGCCCAGUCUGGAGGGCGUCAGCGAAAAGCAGUACACCAUCUACAUCGCUCCCGGGGGCGGGGCUUUCACGACGCUGAAUGGCUCCCUGACCCUGGAGCUGGUGAAUGAGAAGUUCUGGAAGGUGUCCCGACCACUGGAGCUCUGCUAUGCCCCCACCAAGGAUCCAAAGUGACCCCACAAGGGACAGCCAGAGAAUGGGGCCAUGGGGUGUCCUGGAGUCCUGGCCCGCCCCCUGCCUGGCUUCUUUGUCCCCCAGAGCCCCCCAGCCUGACCAGCCAGCAAGAGACACAAACAGGACAAGUGGCUUUUAUACAAAGUAUCUAUAUCAGAUUCUUCUAUAUUGUACAGAGUGGGGCUUGGCCCCUGUCUGCUGCCUUUUCUAUUGCCCUCAACCUCCCAUCCACAAGAUGCUGGGGAGAGUGAAAAGCCCUCCCCUCCGUGCCCUCCUACCAACAACAACAAAUUUGCUUUUUUUCCUCUUUGAAA